UGAACGUAGCCAUGCGCUUGUAUUUAGUUCAUAAACACCGAUCGGCGAGUGAGAACCUAUCUCGAAAGAAACGAUAUUUUUGUUUUAUAUUUCAGGUUGUUGCAGGUUGUGCACCUGAUAAUGCACAAUGGUAGGCCUAAGAACUGUAGUCGCAUAUUGUUGGAUUAUCUUCGGAUCGUUUGGCAUUGGUCAAUGCACGUUAUUUCCUAUCUCGCCAUUCAAGGAUGAAUUGGCCACAGCGAUGUUCCCAAAUGAACGAAUAUCACUGGACGAUUGUCACCUGCGCUACUACAAAUACGGCGCGCAAGGCUUGGUAGCUCCAGCCUUUGGCGAGCCGACCUAUUUGAAGGAGUUUGCUCACAUGGCCGCAAUCGGUUGGACCCAGCCAAACGGUACUAUCAACUGGAUGUGUGGUGGUUCACUGGUUUGGGAUAACUACGUGCUCACCGCUGCGCACUGUGCCACAGACGGUGACAGCGCACCCGAUGUGGCCCGAUUCGGCGAUAUAAACAUAUUUAGCGACGAGGAUGAUCAGUUUGCACAACAGUUGAGAAUUGUGGAGAUUUUCCGAUUUCCACAGCAUAAGUUUACGGCUUUUUACAACGAUAUUGCGCUUCUUAAGCUGGAAACAAAUGUAACACUUCAUCCAACAGUGUGUCCGGCAUGUCUAUGGAUGGACGAUGAUGUCCGCUUUCCCAUUCUCGAGGCAACUGGAUGGGGAGAUACUGGAUUUGCUCUGGAAAGAACUCCCUCAUUGUUGAAAGUAAGGCUGAAACCUAUCGACAAUACAGAAUGUCAUGGAAUUUACGGAACCACUUUGCGAAGACUUCGGGAGGGUAUCAAAGAUCAUCAGUUGUGUGCCGGGGAUGAACAAAUGGAUACUUGUCCGGGAGAUUCCGGUGGACCACUUCAAGCACGGCUUCUUCAUAACGGAAAAAUGACUCCGUUCCUGGUCGGAGUAACUUCAUUCGGUACGGCAUGCGGCAACGCUAACCCCGGUGUGUACACGCGGGUUUCAUCUUUCUACAGUUGGAUCGAGGAUACAAUACGCAAACAGGAAAACUUUGGAAUUUUUUGGAAUAUGAAUCCAAUUACAUGUGCCCUACAGUAUGUUCAUUUGCGUGAGUACGAAGACGAUAUCAUUGUUGGCAGGUCAGAAAAUUACAUAUCAAUUGAUAGUACCAAGGAGCACAUGACAUUCGGAAGUGGACAACUGGGUCAUGUGGUUUCUAUCGGAUGGAACAAUAGAAGAGUUCAAAGAAACAAUUGUAGUGGGACAAUAGUUGCAGAUGAUGUAGUUUUAACUCUAGCCGAAUGUACAUCUCAUACCGGAAUUGCACCAAACUACAUAGAUUUGGGGGAUCUAAAUCGAAUGGAAAUCGCCGAGAUUGUAGUUCAUCCAAGUUAUCGAGAGGACUCAUUAUAUAACAAUAUUGCAGUUUUAAAGCUGAGAAAUCGAAUAAAAUUCGACUCUGGUCGCACUCCCGCUUGCAUAUGGAACUCGCAUAGCAUUCCGUCUCCUCAGUUACAGGUGACAGGAAUUGGCCGCAAGGACAUCAACGAGAUGAAUCGAGGGGAACUUUUCAACUUAGUUUAUGAACCCACGGAGGAAUUUCUUCUACCUCGGGCCAGUGUCAAUACAAACCAGAAUUGUACGGUUCCAAGAGAAUUUCGAUCACGACUCACAAAAGGCAUAGCAAACGAACAUCUAUGUGUUGGAAACAAAUUGUUUCUAGUUCCCGGAUCAUGCCGUCUAGUUUAUGGAGCCCCAAUGCAGUUGCCGAUGUUUCGCACUGAUCGUUACUUCAGCUUCGUUUACGGUUUGAACUCGUUUGGGAGAGACUGUGGCUUUGGGGAAGCUGCCGUAUCCACAAGGAUACAUUCCCACAUAGAGUGGUUGAGCACGGUGCUUCUCCCGAAUACUCGCGCGCACAACGCAGUUCAGUUUAUUAAUCCUGACUGGUCGGAAAACGAUUCCUGUGACUAUGAACACGACGACGAAACUCCAGCGGUUUGUACUCGGCUUCAGAAUUGUCCCAAAGUGUGGGACGACUACAAAGCCAAACGGAUCGUGAGCUUCUGCUCGUCAUUAAACUUUGUAUGCUGUCCGAAACGAUUCAUUGUCAGCAAACCUCGGCAACGCGAUGAACUGGACACAUGUAGCGCAGAUUAUUCCGGAUUGCAUCCACAUUAUACCAAUUUUACCCUAUCAUGGUUUUCUCCUCACAUUGUCUAUUUAUUCGGAGGAUCGGAUACGGAUCGCUGCAUGGGAUCUCUCAUCACUAAACGUAUCGUGAUUACAGCAGCAAGUUGCGUUGCUUUACUUGGUAACCCGGAGCAGGUAGUAAUGGCUGAUGAUAGCGCGGCAUCCAUUCAGCGAACUAUCGUUCAUCCCAGUUACGAUCGCACGAGUACAUAUAACGAUAUAGCAUUGGUACAGUUAGACCGAGAAAUAGCGCCCUCAGCUGCAGUGUUUCCAGCAUGUGUUUGGACGAAUACAACCCACACCCCACUCCACUUGCGUCUUUAUGAAGAAAACUCCCAAGACUACGGGCCUCCACAAAUGGUUACGAUGUACAACACUGAUUGUCAACGGGACUACAAGAGGAAGCUCAGCGUCAACCAGAUGUGCGUCGACCAGGUGAGUCGUAGUUCGGCAAACAGUUGUUAUCGUGUUGGUGAUCAAUUGAUUUGGCCUCAACUGGGCCGAAGUGACACCGGUGUUCCAUAUGUUGUCGGAUUCUACAGCCACAGCGAACAAUGCUCCAGUAACAAUCCAGCCGUGUUUACCAGAAUCUCUUCGUACGUGGAUUGGAUAAGAGAAAAUAUGUAAUCA